UAGAUAAUAACCUUUUUUCUUAAUGUAUUUUUUUAUUAUUAUUAUUAUUAUUAUUUCAUUUUAUUUAGAACCAGAGAAAUUUUUAGCUCAACAAUUUAAGCCUUCUGGUCCAAAGGUGAUAAUUUGUAUUCGUCGUCUUUUUUUUUUAUUAUACAUUUUCAUAUUUCCCUCUUUUUUUUUGCAACUCGGAAAACGUCUCUAUUUCUGUUUGCAUUUUAAUGAAUGUUCAACAGAAAACCUAAAAAAUAUAUAUAUAUAAAUAUAAUUUAAUGAGAUUGCCGUAUGAGUUGGGCUUCAAAACUUUUACUUACUAACUUUAAUAUAUAUUUAGCCAAUGUUUAUAUAUCUCAAUAAAAAAA